AUGUUCGGAGCCCGUCCGCUCUUGCGAGCAGCGGCCUCAGAACUAUGCGGCUUCAGAGGGCCUGUAUCUACGCAGGUAUUAAUUAAACGACCGGCAUCAACAUGGACACAAGACGUCGAUGAGAUAGCGAGGGAAAGUGGACAAUCUCGACUAUCUGGGCGCAUUCAUAUUCUCGGAGUCGGAAACAUUGGCACUUUUGUCGCUCACUCGCUCGCAAGUCGGCCAUCUCCACCGCCUAUCACGCUUCUUAUGCACAAUCCAGAAGUCUACCAAACGUUCCAGAAACGGAAGCAGACUUUGGCCAUCAAUAGCCUUGGACUAGACGAUAACAAAACUGGGUUUGACGUCAAUGUCUUCUCUGAUGGAACCUGGCGCUCAGUACCAUAUGUGAACACGAAGGAAGAACAAAUUGAGUGCUUAGUAGUCUCCGUCAAAGCACCUGCGACUGUAUCUGCUUUGGAGAGUGUCCGUCACCGAUUGACGCCCAAGUCCACUGUGUUGUUCAUCCAGAACGGCAUGGGGAUCAUUGACGCGGUCAACGAACGAGUUUUUCCGGAUCCUGGACAGCGUCCGCAUUACAUGCUUGGUAUCAUCAGUCACGGUCUUGCUCAACGGAGUGGCAGGUUUCACGUCACACACACCGGUGUGGGCACAACGAUUCUGGGUCCUGUCCCUUCACAAAACUCUGGCAGGUCAUCGUCACUCGACAAGGCUUCGGAUUGGGCUCCUAGCACCAAAUAUCUACUGCGCACAUUGACCCUCACGCCGCCUCUGGUUGCUGUUGCAGAACCCCCCUCCUCCAUUAUGCUGUACCAGCUGGAGAAGCUGGCGAUGAACUCCGUAAUCAAUCCAUUGACUGCUCUGAUGGACUGUCGAAAUGGAGAGCUUUUGUAUAAUUAUAGCUUCACACGUGUGAUGAGAUUACUCCUACUUGAAAUCUCAAACGUGAUCUGCAGUCUACCGGAACUACAAGGUAUACCUGGAGUCGAGAGCCGUUUCUCUCCGGAGCGUUUGCGCUGGAUGGUAACGCAACUUGCCAGCAAAACAGCGAAAAACCAUAGUUCCAUGUUACAGGAUAUACGAGCUAACAGAACGACCGAGAUCGAGUUUCUGAACGGAUACAUUGUGCGAAAGGGCGAGGAACUUGGCAUCAAAUGCGUGGUGAAUUACACCAUGAAACACCUGGUUCUUGCAAAACAGCGAGAAUCUCGACGACAGGAAUCCAGCAUGAUUCCCAUUGACAUCCCUGACGAGCCCAGGGACAGCAAACUUUGACCCUUAACAUCCCUUAACAUAGCGUAGCAUUAUAUCUCAACAUAACACUGUCUUCAAGGCUAUGC